AUGAGGACGCUUGUCGCCCUUUUCCUAUUAGGAUGCGCUUUAGUCAUUUGCUCUGGCCGCGAAAUCGGCCAGCAAGAAUCUGACCUAAUGGCCGCAGCCAGCCACCACAAAGGACACCAUCAUGAAGAAGGUGGCGGCAAGGAGCAUCACGCACAUCACCACCACGAACAUGGUGAAAAGGGACACAAAGGUCAUAAAGGACACCACCAUCAUCAUAAAGGCGAACACGGUGACCAUCAUAAACAUCAUCAUGAAGGUCAUCAUCAUGAACAUGGCGGUGGACAUAAAAAGCACUGGGAUGAAGAUGAUCAUCAUGGAAAACACCACGAACAUGGCCAUCACCACAAGGGUGGAAAACACCAUCAUAAGAAACAUCACGAUAAGGGAGAGGAGACUGAAGGCUAUCAUAAGAAAUAUCAUAAAGACGAAUAUCACAAGGACCAUCAUUUCUAUGAUGACCAUCACAAAGAAGGGAAGCAUCACAAGCAUGGCAAGCAUCAUGGUCAUCACGAGGAGCAUGGUGGUCAUCAUAAAAAAGGUGGCCAUCACCACUCUGGUCACCAUGAGCAUCAUCACGGUAAAAAAGGACAUCAUGAUAAGCAUCACUAUGAUGAAGACCACAAAGGCCAUAAAGGCCAUCACGGACAUGAAGAACAUCAUCACCACCACCAUGAUCACGGCAAGAAAGGCGGCCAUGAAGAUCAUAAGCACUGGGGAUUUCACCACGGGAAGCAU